CAUUGUUCAUAUGCCCUACCGUACAUAUAUACAUUAAUACACAGGCAGCAGAGUUCUAGACAUUUGAAGAGAGAGAGGAGAACUUCUAAAAAUCAUGGGUGCUAUGAAGUUUUUCUCAUUUCUUGCUGUUGCGAUGGUUUUAUCGCUUGCCCAUAUACAAGCUCAACAAGGUAAUUGGGGGGACGAAACAGUUCCAUACACAAUGGGUCCGGAGAAGAUAACAAAGUUGCGCUUUUACUUCCACGAUAUUGUCACCGGCAACAAUCCAACCGCGGUUCAGAUAGCUCAGGCAACAGGAACAAACUCUUCUUCUACACUGUUUGGAGCCUUGUUUAUGAUAGAUGACCCUUUGACUGAAGGUCCCGACCCCGAUUCUAGACUGGUCGGCCGAGCUCAAGGUUUUUAUGGAUCAGCUGGACAGAACGAAGCAGCUUUGAUCUUGGGAAUGAGUCUAGUUUUUACUGGAAAUGAGAAGUUUAACGGGUCAACCAUUAGCGUGUUGAGCCGAAAUCCUGUCACCCAUACAGAACGGGAAUUCGCGAUUGUUGGUGGAACCGGAUAUUUUCAGUUUGCUCGCGGGUUUAUUAGUGCUAAGACCUAUAGCCUCGUCGGGCCAAAUGCUGUUGUCGAGUACAAUUGUACUAUCGUUCACCCAAGCUCGGUUUCAGAGUCGGGCAAAUCAAAUUCUAGCCCAGGCAAAUCGGAUUCCAACUCAGGGUCCCAAAUCUCUUUAGGGUCCAAUCUUGUAUUUGUUUCGGUUAUUGCGUAUGUAACUAUAAUUUUAUCUCUAUAGCACUUCAGCUGGUAGCAUGUAUAUACGUUGUAAUCAACUUCAAAGUUGUAAGCUCAACCUUAAUCAGCUUGUAGUAGUGGAUUCUUCAAUAAAAUGCAUUUUGCCAAAGAAAACAAUUUAUGCUA